ACAAACUUGACCAAUUAUUUAGCCAUUGCCAAACGCCGCCGUUGCGAGUGGUCAUCCUCCCAAAGGCCUAUGUAUUUACCAUCUUCUUCUCGUCCGACACAACCAACAGCUGAAGAUGAAGAAACAAUGGGUCGUUAAGGCCCUCUACGAAACCCUAACCCUACCGUUAAAGCAAUCUCCAUUUGCCGCCAAUUCCUCUUCACGGUAUAUUUGCUCUUCGCCGCCCUCCAUUUUCGCUCUUAAGAAUGUCACCAAAUCGAACUUCGAGCCGGCGCUCGCCGACCUCCGGGGCCUCGUCAGGGACGCCGACUUCGUGUCGAUCGACCUGGAGAUGACUGGCGUCACCAGCGCCCCCUGGAGGGAGUCCUUCGAAUUUGACCGCUUCGACAUUCGCUAUCUCAAAGUCAAGGACUCCGCCGACAAGUUCGCCGUUGUCCAGUUCGGCGUUUGCCCCUUCCGCUGGGACGCCUCCAACCACUCCUUCGUUGCUCACCCGCACAACUUUUAUUUAUUUCCUCGGCAAGAUAUUCCAGUUGAUAGUCCAUCUUAUGAAUUCCUCUGCCAAACAGCCUCGAUUGACUUCUUGGCUAAAUACCAGUUUGAUUUCAAUCUGUGCAUCCGGGAAGGAAUAUCUUAUUUAUCCAGAGGGCAAGAGGAUGAAGCAUUAAGGCGCUUGGAUGUUGUGUACAAUAAUGAGUCUUUUGAUUUAGGGUUUAACUCAGGAGAAGCAAGAGAUACACUGGUUGUUAGAAUUGCAGAUAUUUUCUUCACCGAGAGAUUGAGGAACAGAAUAGGUGAAUGGCGUGAUGGGUUAUUACAGAACAAGAAUGGAGAGUAUAGAAUUCAGGAGAGCAUAAAUGACUCCAGCCAGCAGUUCCAGACCAUUUUCUUUAACAUGCGUCCAGCUAUUUUGUUGAGUGGGUUCACCUCUCACCAGCUAAGGUUGAUUCAGUUGGUGACAGAAAAACAUUUUCAAGAUCUUGUUUAUCUUUGUGCCAAAGAUGAAGCUUCCUCUGUACAGCAAUUGAUUGUUUACAUAGAUUCCAAAACUGACAGGAGCUUACUUAUGAAGGAGGUCAAGGAGGGGCUUCGUAGGCAGGCAGAGAUGAAAAUCAAAGCUGCAGUUGGGUUCCGGCAUGUCAUUGACCUCCUUUCCUCAGAGCAGAAGUUGAUUGUUGGUCACAAUUGCUUUCUUGAUAUUGCGCACAUACAUAGAAAAUUUUUAGGGCCUCUUCCUUCGACUGCUGAAGAAUAUACCUCCUCUAUUCACAAGUACUUCCCAUACAUCAUUGAUACAAAAAUUCUCUUGAAUACAAGUGGUGUAAUUCGGCCUAUGAGGAAGGGCAGCACAUCACUAUCCCGAGCAUUCACACAAUUGUAUCCUGAAAUUGCUUCCAGUGUCAAAAGAUCUCAUUUGGAUCUGAAACCACGUGUUAGAGUGGAAGUUCAAGUGGAUGACAUGAGGUCCUCGAACUGGAACUCUGGAGCUAAGCAUGAAGCUGGCUAUGAUGCUUUUAUGACAGGAUGUGUUUUCAUCCAGACUUGCAGUCAUCUUGGUUUAGAUUUCAAUCUCCAUUCACCCUUCACAAACUCAGCCAAUGCUGACAAGCUUCAAAAGCACAUGAAUCUUCUUUAUUUAAGUUGGACAAAUGGCGACAUCAUUGAUCUGAGUACUGGUAAUCGGACUGCAGAGUCUUUGUACCACAGCCUACAUUCCCAUCCAAAGAUUAUCUUUUCAAAUAUUGCUUUGAUAUGGGGAUUCCUGCCCAAACUAAAGGCGAGGGAGAUUAAGGAAUGCAUCUCUAAAGUCUUCGGUCCAAACUCAGUAACCUCGGUCUAUCACUUGGAUGUAACUGCAGUGUUUGUUCAGUUCAGCAAGGCAGAAUUAGUCUCUGACUUCCUGCAGUUGAAGGAAACCUUGGAAAGAAGCAAUGAUCCAAUCUCAGUUCUGCAUCCGCUCUCAAAACUUCUUGAAGGUGGAAAUACUUGUGCUGCCACUUACAAGUUCUAUAAAAAGGUUUGCAGCUCUCCGGUUUCUGAAUUCAUGUUUGCGGAUCAGGCGGAGGCUAUGGGUAUCAAGUGGAAGAAUGAAUUGACAGGAUUGAACGCACAGGUGGGAACCCCCCAAGAAAAUGAUAUGGCCGCUUCUCCAAGUACUGCAAACGAAAGCCAGUCAGGGAAACUAAACAAUCUGAUUAAUGAUCUAUCCCGUGGCCAUUUCCGGGAUGAUGAAAACAUUCAUUCUUGGUACCCUGCAGAAGCUCAGGCAAGUAAAUAGCCCACUGAUUGUAGGUGUUAGAGCCGUUGCCAGGCGGUACCGCCCAGCCUCCGUUGCCACCAACGAACCAGAACCGAUGAGGGGUGCCAUGGACACAAGCACAGAAGAAAAAAGCAGCAGAAGUCAUUUCUGAGAAAUAGCGGACAAGUAGAAGAGAAGAGGGGAGCAGUAAAUGUCAAAAUGGGGAAGUGAGGGAGGGAAAGUAGGGUUUUAUGAUUCGGAGAGAGGGAGAGAGAGAGAGAGAGAGGGCGGUUAAAGUCUGUUUGCUAUAUCUUGUUUUUCAAAGGGUAGGGCUAUGGGGGUGUUGGGGGAAACAGUUUAAAUCGUGCCAAUUUUGUAGGGGAGAGCUAAAUUAAUUUGAAAAAUUUAUCAUUGACAUUCCUAAAAGUUUAUAAUUUAAGAUAAGUGGUAAAAGUACGGUAAUUUAUAAGAAUCGA